CCACGAUCCAUCAUCCCGUGAUCCAAACGCGACGAUCCUGAGGACUCUCGGAAUCCCGUGAAAAAUCCCCCUCCCCCUCCAAUGGACCCAAAGCCGGCCUGAAUCCCUUUCUUUCUUCACCAUCUGGCCGGCCCUCUCUCUCCUUCCUCCUGCUCCGCCGCCCACGGCCCCACCUCCACGCCAGUGGCCCUCCCCCACAAGCUGCUCCUCCUCGGCCGACGAGGCUGCCACCACCAUCCCCACCACCACCCUCGCGCCGCUCCACCUCACAACCGUCGGGCCGGGCCGUGCUCCACCGCCGACCAGCCUCCGCCUCCUCCUGUCCAGGUCGCCGUCCGCCGGCCAGUCCCUCCAGAUCCGCCGCUCGCCUGCUCCGGAUCCGAGGGCCGCUCCACCCCUUUCCAGGUCUCCGUAUCCAAUUCAACAGUGACUGAAGCUGCGUGCGCCUGUGUGUAGCCUGCUGGUCCGGGCGGCGGCGGCAAGAUGAGGCUUCUGCGGGUGGCCACCUGCAACCUCAACCAGUGGGCCAUGGACUUCGACACCAACCUCCGCAACGUCAAGGAGUCCAUCUCCCGGGCCAAGGCCGCCGGGGCCGUCGUCCGCAUCGGCCCCGAGCUCGAGCUCACCGGAUACGGCUGCGAGGACCAUUUCCUCGAGCAGGACACCACGGCGCACGCAUGGGAGUGCCUCAAGGACAUUCUGUCUGGUGACUAUACAGACAACAUCUUGUGCAGCAUAGGAAUGCCUAUCAUUUUCAAGAGUGUACGGUACAACUGCCAGGUUUUCUGCCUAAAUCGCAAGAUAAUUAUGAUUCGGCCCAAGAUGUCCCUUGCAAAUGACGGGAACUAUCGUGAAUUUCGAUGGUUUUCUGCUUGGACAUAUAAAGAUGAACUUGUCGACUUUCAACUCCCUAUUGAUGUCUCAGAAGCUAUAGACCAGGAAACUGUGCCUUUUGGUUAUGGUUAUCUUCAGUUUCUUGACGUAUCUUUGGCUGCUGAAACCUGUGAAGAGCUAUUUACUGCAAAUGCUCCUCGGAUUGACCUAGCAUUCAGUGGCGUCGAGGUCUUCAUGAAUGCAAGUGGAAGCCAUCAUCAGUUAAGGAAGCUCAAUCUUCGGAUUGAUUCCAUGAGAAAUGCAACCCGCUUAUGUGGUGGUGUAUACAUGUAUGCUAAUCACCAGGGUUGUGAUGGUGGCCGCCUUUAUUAUGAUGGCUGCUGCUGCAUUGCGGUGAAUGGUGAUGUGGUUGCCCAGGGAUCACAAUUCUCAUUGAAGGAUGUUGAAGUGUUGGAUGCUUUGAUAGAUCUGGAUGCUGUAUCGAGUUAUCGAGCAUGUGUUUCUAGUUUUAGGGAGCAAGCAAGCCACGUAACAAAAGUACCUUGUGUUAAGGUACAAUAUAAGCUUUGCCAAACAUUUCGUGAUGGAAUGAUCCCAACUGAUCCAAUUGAGAUUAUGUAUCACUGUCCUGAAGAGGAGAUUGCGUUUGGACCUAGUUGCUGGCUAUGGGAUUAUCUUCGCAGAAGUCGAGCGUCGGGAUUUUUGCUUCCACUUUCUGGUGGUGCGGAUAGUUCAUCUGUUGCAGCAAUUGUUGGCUGCAUGUGCCAGCUUGUCAUAAAAGAUAUAAAUAAAGGAGAUGAGCAAGUUAAGGCUGAUGCUAUGCGGAUUGGUCAGUAUAAAGAUGGGGAGUUCCCCACAGACAGCAGAGAACUUGCAAAACGUUUAUUUUAUACUGUUUACAUGGGAACAGAAAAUAGUUCUGAAGAUACCAGAUCACGCGCCAAAAGGCUGGCGGAAGAGAUUGGUUCAUUCCACUUCGAUGUACCUAUUGACAGUGUAGUGUCUGCAUUUCUUUCUUUGUUUGAAAGGUUAACCGGCAAGCGACCACGCUAUAAGGUUGACGGAGGAUCACAUACUGAGAAUCUGGGAUUACAAAAUAUUCAAGCUCGAAUCAGGAUGGUGCUUGCCUUUAUGAUGGCUUCUUUAAUGCCAUGGGUUCAUAACAAGUCUGGGUUCUAUCUUGUUCUUGGAAGCUCAAAUGUGGAUGAAGGAUUGCGUGGUUACUUGACGAAAUAUGACUGCAGUUCAGCCGAUAUAAACCCCAUUGGAAGUGUAAGUAAGCAAGAUCUUAGGGCUUUCCUACGAUGGGCAGCAGUUAAUCUUCAGUAUUCAUCAUUGGCUGAGGUUGAAGCUGCACCUCCUACUGCAGAGCUUGAGCCAAUCCGCAUGGAUUAUAACCAGUUGGAUGAAGUGGACAUGGGGAUGACGUACGAGGAGUUAUCGAUAUAUGGGAGAUUAAGGAAAAUAUUCCGAUGCGGUCCUGUUUCGAUGUUUCAGAACCUCUGCCACAGGUGGUGUGGGCGACUAUCCCCCUCAGAAGUGGCUGAUAAAGUGAAGCACUUCUUCAAGUACUACGCCAUAAACCGGCACAAGAUGACGGUCUUGACACCAUCCUAUCACGCCGAGAGCUAUUCACCAGAGGACAACAGGUUUGAUCUCCGGCAAUUCCUAUACAACUCGACAUGGCCAUACCAGUUUCGGAAGAUUGAUCAGCUUGUGCAAGAUAUCGACAAAGAUGGCAAAUGGGUGGACGAUCGUCGUGCAGACUCGCAGCUGAGACAACGCGCAGCCGCUAGGCCUGCGCAGGGAGGUGGAAUGGGAGUCGUGGCCGCGGGAUCUGCCAAUCCCAGUGUUGGGUUGUAACAAAAUAGGGCAUGCUGACUUACGGAGUAGGUCACGCAAGGUUGGAUAGACUGGAAAACCAGAAUAGUACAUAGAAUAAUUGUCAAGGGCCAAACACAAGAGUUCCUCAAGGCAUGGACGAUUGAUGUUUUGUUUUCAAAUUCUUCUCCCUGCCUCCUCCUUGUCCUUUUAAUUGCACCAGUUCAGUUAACUGAAGUAACUUUGGUUGCACCGUUCAA